CCCUCUCUUCUUCUCUCUUAUCUGUUCACUCUUCGUAUCUGCUUCCUCUUUGCCUUAUCGCUCUCUCUCCAUGGCGGACGACGAUUCGACCGAGUCACGACAACCCAGUGAUGAAACACAAGACCCGUUGCUCAACGCGGAAGAAAUGGGCUCCGAGUCCGACUCUGACUCGGAGGAGUCCUCCGAUUCCGACGACUACAUCUACAUUUCGGACUCCGAAAAGGACCCCGAAGCCGACGCAGAGACCGAUAUCUUCAACUACACUAGACCCAGCGACUCUCCACCGGAUCCGGACGUCGACCCGGAGACGAGCAUUCGCCGGUUCACUCGCGUGCUCCAGAGCAAGCGUCUGAAGCGUAUCGAAGAGGAAGAAGAGGAGGGGUAUACGUUUUAUGAGGAUCUAUUCGAUUUCCCUCAGGAUCCAGAGCGGUGGAAGGAGGAGGAUCUCAAGGAGCUAUGGGCCGAUGGUCCAUUGGAGAUAACGAAACCGGGUUGGGAUCCGGUUUGGGCUGACGAGGAUGAUUGGGAUAUUGUGAACGAGGAGAUUGAGGAAGGUAGAGAUCCGGGAAUUGAACCGUUCUAUGUUCCGUACAGGAAACCGUACCCUGUGAUUCCGGAUAAUCACUACGAUAUCUCCAACGCCAAGGCUGUGGUUGAGGAGCUCGAUAGGAUUGAGGAGUUCCUGCAAUGGGUCAGCUACAUUUUCCCUGAUGGAAGCUCGUACGAAGGCACUGUGUGGGAUGACUUGGCUCAUGGCAAAGGUGUUUACAGUGCUGAAAAUGGGCUUGUCAGGUACGAGGGUGAAUGGCUUCAGAACGACAUGGAGGGUCAUGGGGUUGUUGAAGUUGAUAUUCCUGAUAUUGAGCCUAUCCCCGGUUCCAAGCUUGAAGCAAAGAUGCGUGCUGAAGGGAGAAUAAUAAAGAGAGAUUAUAUGACUCCGGAAGAUAGAAAAUGGUUGGAGAUGGAUAUCGAGGAUAGUAUUGCACUUACUGACGGGAAUUACCAAGUCCCCUUUUAUGAAAACGAAGAGUGGGUCAGACAGUUUGGCAAGAAACCGGAGAAAGGGCGGUACCGCUAUGCGGGUCAAUGGAAGCAUGGUAGAAUGCAUGGGUGUGGUGUUUAUGAAGUUAAUGAACGCAUCAUACAUGGUAGGUUCUACUUUGGGGAGCUGUUGGAGGAAGAGCAUGGCUGUGAUGCAGAUGUUUGUGCGCUGCAUUCUGGUUUGGCAGAAGUGGCCGCUGCCAAGGCCCGGAUGUUUGUUAACAAACCAGAUGGAAUGGUUAGGGAAGAGAGGGGCCCAUACAAUGAUCCUCAACAUCCUUAUUUCUAUGAAGAAGAAGAUGUUUGGAUGGCACCUGGUUUCAUUAACCAGUUUUAUGAAGUACCUGAUUACUGGAAAACCUAUGUACAUGAGGUGGAUCAAGAAAGGGAAAUGUGGUUGAACUCCUUUUACAAAGCUCCCCUAAGGUUACCGAUGCCUGCUGAGCUCGAGCACUGGUGGGAAAAUGUGGAGGUGGCACCAGAAUUUGUCUUAUUGAACAAGGAGCCAGAACCCGAUCCAACCGACCCUUCAAAACUUGUUUAUAAGGACGACCCCGUUAUUUUACAUACUCCAACAGGUCGGAUAAUCAACUAUGUGGAUGAUGAAAAGCAUGGUGUUAGGUUAUUUUGGCAGCCUCCUUUGAAUGAAGGAGAAGAUGUGGACCCUGCAAAGGCCCAGUUCUUGCCCCUUGGGUUUGAUGAAUUUUAUGGAAAAGAAGUGGUAGAGAAAAAAGAACACCCGAUAACGAGGUUUGUACUGGGAAUUGAGAAAGCUAUGAAGCCUUUUCUCAACAAAUUAGAGAAGUGGACAGAGGAAAGAAAGAAAGCGAGCGAGGAGAAAAUGGAGAUGAUUCAUCUCGUUUUUUAAGAGAUUUGUCUAGAGGAAGCUGUUGAGGAUUUGGAUGAAGAGUUGAAGCAGAGAGAAAAAGAAGAGGAAGAGAAAGCUGAAAUGGGUUUGACGGAAAUGGACGAAGAAGUUUUUCCCCCGGGGUACAAAGAAGAGAAAGGUGUUGUUACCAAAGAGAUGAAAGAAAAGGAAGAUAAAGAAGAAGAAGAUGAUGAUGAUGAGGAUGCUAGUGAUGAUGAUGAUGAUGAUGCCAUUGAUCUUGGACCCUCUAGUUUCGGGUCUGUUGAAAACCGAAAUGGGAAGUCGCCGUUCUCUUCCUCGUCCUUGUCUUUUGCUUCUUGCACCCUCUUUCCUGUGGUACAAUCCAGACUGGAAAGAUCCUUUCUGGCGUGGAAGAAACAUAGAUCAGAGUCGAUCCCUAAAGUGGCAAAUACCACAUCAAAGGUAUUUGACUCGAUCCAUUUCCAGACCAGACUGAAGACUGGAACGGUGUCGGGCUGUCACCAAAGAAGCUUCUGGAACCCGAGAUCUCGAUCUCAGCUACUCUCUCUUUCCCAAAUCCUGUCAAGUGAUCCAUGUUCUGGUCAUAGUUGUGGAGAGAAACUGAGAUUGGCCAAUAAACAGGAACAGUUAUGGCUAUGGAAAACACCAGUCGGAGACAUAGAUGGAGUUUUGUCACUGCAGGUUCAGAUGAAAUGUUCAGACAUGUUCUCAGAUACUUCUGUUUUCUGUUGAGCUUUCAAUUUCAUUGUUCCUUUGUUGGAGACUUCGAUGGAAUUCUUCUUUGAUUACUCCUUCAAAAUUGUUGUUUGUGUUGUUGAAUAAUGUGUUAUUGUCUGUUAAAAGCUUAAACUUCUGUUAUAUCAUAUUUUA